AUGAUAGACUACAGUGCCGCCGAAGAGGAGAUGGACCGCGAAAUCAAUAGCUGGGGGUACACGAUGAACGCGACCGAUUACAUGAGCGGCUUGCGGAACCUGCACUCGACAGCGAACUUUGCCAGCAGUGGUAUCGGCAUGGGCCGGGGACGUGGAGCUGUCGACAUAUCACGCAAGAGGCUGGAUGAAAUCCGACUGGCGGCUAGAAUCAAUCGACUGGAAGCACACAACAACCCAAUGGGACAUUUACCGACAACCGAAGAAACGCUCGCCAAAGAUGUAGGACCGGAAAUUGUGGCGGGUUUGCGUUCGAUCGGAAUUCUGAGCUCGGACGAUCAACUGAACAAAAAAACAACUUCGCGCAAUGUGCCACACUGCCGGGAAGAUGUACGCAUCGAUCGAAAUGUGCCCCUGAUUUUAAAUGGCGACGUAUUCCGUGCCCAUGCUCAUGCCAACGAUGGAUUUGACGGGGAAUUACCACCACAGCCGAAGGUGGUAUUUGAUCCGUCUAAACCGUUAGAAGAGCAGUUUUCAACGAUCGAAGAAUUCCGAACCCAGCCAGAACCGGAAAUUGUUGAGGAGGAAGUGAAAACACCCAAACAGAAAAAAACCAAUGCUGGAGCAAAAAAAGGAAAGAAACAAAAAUGGACAAAGGUUCCAUUAUGCGAUUUCCUCAGCCCUCCUGGCCAUAGUGAUAGGAAUGGUGGACGCCCACCGUUACCGGUAAAUAGUAUGUACGAAGGUCGUGCUCUCUAUGGUAUCGAGGGAAAACGAAUACUAUAG